CGGUGAUCCUGUUGGGAAGACACCUGGCUGGGGGGCUCCACAUCCUCCUGGCUCCCUGUGGGUACCUGCACACAUCCACAGACCAACAUCCAAAAUCCAUUUUUUAGAGCUGAUUUGUCCACUCCUGACCCCAGAAAAAAAAUCACUUUUUGCCUAUUCUGGUGGCCUUAACAACACUGGAUAGCCUUGGAGGUCUUCUCCAACAUAAAUCCAUCGUUUUAAUUCUCUCUGGCCCACGGGCAUCUUCCACAGCCAAAUGGGGAGGGACUGGGGCAAAACCCUCAAUUUUCGAGACAGUUGGGUGGAAACCCCUGUAAAAAAGGUUCUUCCCACCUGCCAAGCACAUGGAUGCUCUGCCAGCAGGGAUAUAUAAAUCGUUUUGGGGUUUUUUUGCCUUGAAACAAAAAGGUUUCUGUUCAUUCCUUUCAAAGCCCUAAAACUGGCAUAGAAAUAAUAGUUGGACUAAGGCGUGCAUGGGGACAUGUGGGGGAGAAUGACAUGUGUAGGGCCAUGGGGGGACAUGGACAUAGACAGGACCAUGUGGGACAUGGCGGAACACAGACAUGGAUGGGAACAUGGGAAACAUGCAUGGAGACAUGGACUGGGACAGUGUCAAUGCCACCACCACAGUGCCACCAGCACCUUCAUCUGGGGCAUGGCAAAGCGCUGCCUGAUGCAGUUCCUGCCACCACAUCCCCACUGUCACCACCGCGGUGUCCCAGCUGAAUGUCACCACCCAUCAGGGCAGGGUGGGGACAUUGUUCAGCUGGUGACAAGUGGCCUGGAAGUGAGUGACAGCCACCAGGGUGUCCCAGGGCCACUGCACUCAGGGGACCUCAGCUGCCCCUGGAGACAGGCUGGGGACAGGGGAAAAGGUCAGUGUCACCUGUCAGGUCAUGUUGCCCUGCACUGGGUGUCACCAAAGGCAUCCUGGUGGCAGCAUCCACACAGGUGUGGCAACAUUGUCCCCUGAUGUGUGUCGUGGUUGCAUCAUGUCCCCUCCCCUCUGUAUGUCCCUAUCCCCCACCAUGGCUCCCUGUCACAUCUCUGUGUGUCCCUGUCCUGUACCGUGUGUCCCUGUCCCCUUCUGUGUGUCCCUGUCCCUCCCCCUGUGUCCCUGCCCCCACCCCUGGUGGGGCUGAAGUCCCCGAGGUCUUGGGGUCGUGUCCUGCAGGGCGUCCCUGUGUCCCUCAGGAUGUUCCCAUGGCUGCUCCUGGCACUGAGUGUCUGCGCCCACCCUGGCACAGGCAGAGUCCUGCCACGGCACCUGUGACACCCCACGACAUCCCAUUACACCAUUUGAUUUUGAGUCCCUUCCCCUCCAUUUUGGGUCCAUUCCCCGUGCGUGCUAAGGGUCCCACUUCAAACCACCCCAGAACUCCCCAAAAUUCCUCACCCAUGAUGUCCACGCAUCCCCCUGGAAGUCCCCUCAGGCUCUCGGCCACGGAACUGUUGCUGGUGACAUUGAGCCACAGGAUCCACAGGCUGUCCCCAAGGGUGGCCCC